AUGCACUUCAGCUCUUCCCUCAUGGCCGCUGCCUUGGCAGUCGGCGCAAACGCACAGUACAAGCGUCAGGACUAUGGCAACUUCAACCAGACCUCGACUGCUCCUGCUUUCAGCUACGCUCCUUUGUCUAGCUCUUCGGUCGUCGCUCCUGUCAACACUGCUGGCUCCUCUGCUGUCGCUCCCGUUGCCCCCCUCUCGACUGGUGUUGAGGCUUCCUCGGUCGCCAUCCCUCUCUCCACCGGUGCCUACGAGAGCUCUGCUGCUGCUGUUGAGACCAGCGCUGCUGCUUCCAGCACUAUCGUUGCUCCCUUGAGCACUGGCGUCUCUGCUUACCCUAGCAUCAACACCAAUGCUGCCUUCGGCACUGGUGCUUACGGCUCUGGUGCUGCCGGAUCUGGCGUGACUUCUGCUCCUUCUGCCGGCGCCACUGGCUACGAGACCACCACCGCUUACACCACGUUCACCACUGAUGUAACUCUCACUUACACCAUUGGUACUGGCUCGACCAAGUCUGUCAUCACCACGACCAUCCACAAGACUUCCACCGCCUACCAGACCCAGACCGUCUACGCUGCUCCUGCCGCCUCCUCUGGCGCAGCUGCUUCUGGCUCCGACGAGUCUGAUUCCACCUCGACCACCACUCUGUCGACCACCAGCACCACCACUAACACCGUUACUGUUUCACCUACUUCCACUGGCUCUUAUCUGAGCUUCUGGGGCGAGAAGGCCGCUGUUACUGGAUCCGGCUCAAGCUACGGUGCUCCCGGCACUGGCGCCAGCGCUACCGAUUCUGGCUGCGCUGCUGCAUCCACGGUCACCGUCACUGCCAACGAGACUGUCUACGUCACCGUCGAUACCGCCAUGAGCACUAUCGCCCAGAGCACCGCCACUAGUGCAAGCGUUGUCCCCAAGCAGAGCAGCGCCGCCCCUUACUACCCCACCACCUCUGGAGCUGCUAGCUCUUCCAGCUGCGCUUCCACCGGCUUCAUCACCAUCCACAAGCCUUCGGGCGCCUCUGGUGCCGCCUACCCUACCGCUUACUAG